ACUGGCCAACCUUAUGGUCAUCUCUUUCAGCCUAGUGAAAUAGGUAGCGCUGGAGGAGGUGGGAAGAAUAUAGGCGGCCAAGGUGGGGGAAAGCUUUAUAUUGAAGUUUCUGAUCGCCUUUUGAUUGACGGAGAAAUAAGAGUAAAUGGAGGUGACGGUAAGUCAAAAGAAGGAGGCGGAGGGUCAGGUGGUUCAAUAAUCAUUGACACAUACAAAUUCCGAGGCAUGGGAAAUAUAACAUCUAACGGAGGUAGUCGUUUUACAAGCGGUACAGGUGGGGGAGGGGCAGGUGGCCGUAUUGCAAUAUAUUUCAGAAAGAACGUAACAUAUUGGGGUGAAUACCAAUGCCAUGGCGGAUAUUCUACCGGAAAUGCUGAGUCUGGUGGCCCUGGAAUCGUGUUUAUUUACAACGUUGAAAAGAACCACAGCACUAUUUAUAUCAAUAACAGAAUGCGCACUACUAGAGAUGAUGUGAAUUUGAUACGAGAUUACACAGAUCUGUCUAGAGAUCGAUUCAAGGCAUGGAUUUUGCCGGAAUCGUCAGAUCAUUGGCUUGCGGGUGGAAACGAUAACUAUAGGUUUAAUGAGCUCCAGAUAUUUGGUAACGCUCAUCUUGCAUUAUUGCCUAAAUUCUACGAAGAAGGCUGCAUUUUACAUUUCUUGCAUAUGAUAGGGGAUCGCACCGGCUUCGUUCAUGUUGGUCCUUUUCAGGUCAUGGACCUUAAACGAUUAUUUUUGGAUACGCCAUUUAGUACUUACAUUUAUAACGGUGGCUACCUUGGUCUCGCAACAGAGACCUUCCUUGAAAAAGUAUUUAUCCACGUAGAAGGCACCGUUGAUCACAUACACAAUCUCACUCUUAUGCAAGGUGGUGCUCUUAAACUUUUUAAAACCGGAUCAACGAAUCGUAGAGACCCACUAAAUUACGUGAUUAAAGGUCUUACUGUAAUUAAAGCCGAUUCAUAUAUCAACUGUUCUAGUCCAAAUGCAGAUAGUGACUCUUACAAUUUGAAAUUUGGUUGGGCAAUUGUUGAAGGAGGUGGUCUCAUAAAGGGAGGGAAUUUGAACCUCACUGCAACGGAUUUCACAAUUGACGAUGGUGGUUAUGUUGACGUUAGCAAUGGCGGAUAUCGUUCUGACCUAGGGAAAGCUCCUGGGAUUUGGAGUAUCUUAGGAUCAAGUGGUGCAUCUCAUGGGGGUCUUGGUGGACGUGGCGGAUGCGGUGGCUUUAUCACGUGCAGACUUGAACGAAAUGCGCCGUAUGGUAACCUGUAUACGCCGAAUGAACACGGAAGUGGAGGAGCACUAAGCAGUGGUGGAACUGGUGGAGGUGUCAUUCACAUGAAGAUAGCCCAUACAUUGGCUGUAGAUGGUUAUAUCAAAGCUAACAGUGAAAACAUUGUGAAGAGUGAUGGAAAUGGUGCCAGUGGUGGAAGUGGUGGCAGUAUUACCAUUUAUACACACAAUUUUACAGGAAGUCAUACAGGUCACAUCCAGGUUAUUGGCGGAUCAGGAGAUGUUACUAAAGGAGGUGGUGGCGCUGGUGGUAGGAUCGCCCUGUAUCAUUCUCGUCACGAGACCAUACCUCACUAUAGAGGCUAUUUUGACUCUUUUGGUGGGAAGCCAGGCACCAAUGCUGAGGCAGGUGCUGCAGGCACAGUUUAUGUACAUGAUGGUGAAAGGUCAUACAGCAUGCUUCAAAUAGACAAUAAUGGCCAGAGAUCAAUAAAUGAAGAGACCGCCAUAUUGAAUGAAGGACACAGGAUAGAUCUUUCCUCAGUUCCAGGACAGUAUAGUACAAGUACAUCAUACACAACAACCCAUGGACAUAUUGUGACUAGUAACCAAGAAAUAUAUGUGCGCACCUAUUUGAACAGCUACAGAAAUGAAUACUACAGGCUACACCAUAUGUUUGACCAUACCAUGGGCUCCUCAUGGACAGACUUCUUCAUGGCUAGAGCCGGGUCAGCUAAGGUCACCAUAACUCUGAAUCAACAGAUGUACAUUAAUAAAAUCAAAAUUUACCCAACAAUUGGGUACAGCACUAAAUUCAAGGUUACAGGAUACAACAAGCUGGCUGGAUCUAGUUUUGAGGUGACAAGUAACUACAUAUUACCCAGCAACCAUGGCACACAAGGCUCAUACAUUGACUUGCCUGUCGGAAAAGAAGCUGUUAAAUUUGAUUUUGACCUUGUCAGUACAUCAAGUUCCUAUGUAGCUUUGAGUGAGAUUGAAAUAUUUUCAGAUCCCUCCCCAGAUGAGCACAGGUACAAACAUAUUGGUCUUUUUGGAGCCUCCACAUGGAUCUUUGCAGAUCGUAAUGAACAGUUUACAUUCAGUGAGGUCAUUCUCAAAGGACAAUCUCAUCUUGCCUUUAUGCCAAGGCAUGACUACACAGAUGGUGUACUGGUUGAUGUUGGUAAUGUCAUUGGAGACAAAACAGGUUUUCUUCAUGUUGGUUACAACCAAGAAGUUUCUAUUAACAAAACAGCAUAUGAUGUUCCAUUUAACACCCAUGUGUAUGAAACUGGUCAUGUGACAUACCCACCAAGGACUUUCUUCUACAAGACAAAACUUGUAUCUUCUGGAAAGGUUUCAGGCAUGGAAGACCUGUAUGUGUUCAAAGGAGGACUGGUUUCCAUAGAUACAAGUGGUAGCAUAGCAACCAGUCACACUAGUGCUAAAGUAUCAAUGAAAUCUCUGCAUGUACAGGAGGCAGGAACGUUUGAGAUGAAGUCCUACACAUCACUUGAUAGCUUCAAUAUGGAUGCUACUAAUAUAUCAAUAUAUGGAGGAGGCCAUUUCAAAGUAAACACUGCUUUAAAAAUGACUGUGCAUCAUUUAUUGGCUGUAUAUUCUGGUGGCAAGUUAGAUCUUAGUGGAGCAGGUUUCCAGUCUGAUUCAGUGAAUCAUGGACCAGCACCUGGAAUAGGUUCAGCAUCAGGAGGAAGUGGUGGUGGCCACGGUGGAAGUGGAGGUCGAGGCUCUGGGCUCACAACAGUUGGUAUAGGGUAUGACUCCAUGUAUGAACCUAAUAUGGCAGGAUCAGCAGGUGGCCAUGGAUACCAUUUUGGUGAACUUUAUUUUGGUGACAAUGUCUAUGGUAAUACUGUAGUACGUAAAGGUUUAGGUGGACCUGGUGGAGGUAAACUGGAGGUCCGUAGUCGACAUGUAGACAUAGAUGGAUUAGUAGCUGUUAAUGGCAUAAACCCUGAUGCUAGAUCUGAUAGAGGUGCAGGUGGAGGAGCUGGUGGAGCAAUCUGGAUUAUAUGUGAGGAAGUUGUUGGACAUGGAACUAUCACAGCUUUUGGUGGUAAUGGAGGAGGGGUCAAAGGUCAGGCUGGAGGUGGGGGCGCUGGUGGCAGAAUCUCUGUACAGUGUGAUAACAUACAUAAAUUUAAUAUCACCAUGAGAGCUUAUGGCGGUGUAAGUAACAGUGAGACUGGAGGGGCAGGGACAUCAUAUCUUGAAGCAAGGCACGAAAACGGUACACUUUACAAAAAGAAACUCACUGUUGACAACAAUGGCCACGCUUACCCUCAUGCUGCGGAUUACAAUGCUGGCUUCUUGAGAAAUCUUCUAAAUGGAGAGUAUAAAGAUAUCAGUAACACAGGUGGUGUAACUUGGCUUUAUCAUGACAAAUUUGCAUACAGUUUUAAGGAAUUGGACGUACGAGGAAACGCCCAUGUUGCUAUUUUAAGCGACACAGACAAUGAAGUCAUUGAUUUACGUGUAGAUUUUCUCUGGGGUGACAGGACUGGUGUGUUGCAUGCUGGGAAAAAUCAGACUUUUGGACUGAGAGAUGUGGAUGUGUAUUUGCCGACUAACUUAGCAGCAUACAGGUAUAGCAGAAUAGAAGUUCCAUCAAAAGUGACACUGCGUGAAGUAUGGGCAGAAAUUAACGGUACUAUAGAAGGCAUGAAUGUUAUAGCUGUAGAAAAUGAAGGAGAACUCUACAUAUGGUCAUAUGCCAACUCAGAUGGCUACAAGGAAGGUCAGCUUGUGGCAACAAACAUUUCUGUGAGGGCAGGUGGAAAGUUUGAGCCUCUGACAGCUGUAGAACAGAUGAACCUGAUCGUGACGAGGCUUGUGGUGAACGGGAAUGGUUAUGUGAGGACUAAUAGUCUGAAACUAAAUGCUACAAAUGUAACAAUUGACCUGUCAGGUGAUUUCCAUGCUGACUUCACUGGUUUCCCUGGCAACGAGGGUCAUGGUAAAGGAAGGAAUGCCAACAGUCACGAAGGUGGAGGGACAGGUGGUGGUCAUGGAGGUCGUGGGGGUAGAUGUAAAAAUGGAUAUUUCUCAGCAUACUCAUAUGAUUCUAUGUAUUUCCCCACACAGAUGGGUAGUGGAGGUGGCAAUUCUCCAAGUGGAAAUGGUGGUAGGGGUGGAGGUAUUAUACACAUGUUUAUCAAAGAUGAACUAAGGGUCGAAGGUCGUUUACAUAGUAAUGGUGAAAAGGGUGGAGACAGUAAAGCAGGAGGCGGGGCUGGAGGAUCUCUAUAUGUAUCAGCCAAUCAUCUUGAUGGAACUGGAUCUAUUGAAGUAACAGGAGGAGCAGGAGGUACAAGUGGUGGAGGAGGUGGAGGUGGACGAAUAGCUAUCUAUCACACAGACCAAAACCACUUCACUGGCAAAUACCUUGUACAUGGUGGGUGGGGUACAGAGCAAUAUGGUGGCCCAGGAACUGUAUAUCUUGAGUCUCGCUUUGUAACUCCGGCAUAUAGACAUCUGAUAGUAGAUAACAAUGGUCAUUCAACAAGCAACAGAAUUUAUGAAGUGGAACGUCUCAACUUAGCAGGAAAUUAUUACACAACGAGAAAUUAUCCAGAAAUGGUCUUCCAUAGUCACAAUGGUGUUAAUACUACAACUACAGCACGACCACAUAGUGUGUUACAUAGUAUUCCAGAUGCCAACUACUACUACCCAACUUAUCCAUUAAGCCAUUUAUUUACACCUGGAAAAGCAAAUGUGAACACGAUCUACAUGUCACAUGCAAAACAGGCAACCUUGACCAUUGACCUACCAUAUAAAACUUAUGUGGAGUAUCUGCAAAUAUUUCCAUACUGUGAGAGUUUUAAAGUAAGUAGUUCUUCACUUGUAUCUCUAAAAAUUGAUGUGUAA